UCCUCAAUAACCCCAUCAGGGUCAUUUGCUUCUUCAAUUCACUAUGGUUUUGAAGAAGUCUACUUUGAGCUUUGCAAAAAUGGCCAUUGCUAAAUUUCUAACUGUUCUUAUGUUAAUGGAAGUGAUUGUGAGUGAUUAUCAGUUCGGAGCAGUGGAUGGUUUGAACAUGGAUUACUACCAAAUGACUUGCCCUUUUGCUGAAAUGAUAGUGAAAUAUACCGUUAAUAGAGCUUUGCAGAAUGAUCCUACCCUAGCAGCUGCUCUCGUUCGGAUGCAUUUUCAUGACUGCUUCAUAGAGGGUUGUGAUGGUUCAAUUCUCAUUGAUUCAACCAAGGAUAACACAGCAGAAAAGGACUCCCCAGGAAACCUGAGCUUGCGUGGGUAUGAAGCUGGGGGUCCAGCUUAUGACAUACCAAAAGGAAGAAUGGAUGGAAGGAGGUCCAAAAUAGAAGACACAAUCAACCUGCCGUUCCCCUCCUUCAAUUCCUCACAACUGAUUAGGGCUUUCGGGCAGCGUGGCUUUAGUGUUCAAGAAAUGGUUGCUUUAUCCGGAGCACACACACUGGGAGUGGCAAGGUGCUCAUCCUUCAAAGCCAGAUUAGGAAAUGCUGAUACAACUCUGGACUCAGACUUCGCCAAGACCUUGUCCAAAACCUGCAGCGCGGGCGACAACGCCGUGCAACCCUUCGACGACACCCAGAACACCUUCGACAACUUUUAUUACUACACAUUGCUAAGACAAAACGGACUUCUUUUCUCCGACCAGCAACUCUACAUUAGCCCCAUGACAAACUUCAUUGUCAAUGCUUAUGCAAUGAAUCAGCAAAUGUUCUUCUUUGAUUUCCAACAAGCAAUGGUGAAGAUGGGCAUUCUUGAUGUUAAAGAUGGUUCUAAAGGAGAAGUACGACAAAAUUGCCGGAAAGUAAACUGAUUUUAAUCUAGAAAGGAAAAAACACUUCUGGAUUAAAUAAUUGACGAGGAAAUUCUCAGAUUUAUGUUGGAUUUCCAUGAAAGAGAAAAAUUUAAGCUUGUACCUUGUCUUGUAGUCUUGUAGGUUUUUGUAAUUACUGUGUUUCUACUACCUUUUGUAGUUUGGCUAUGCAUGUAUUGGUCUAAUUGGCUCACAUGCCUCUCUUAUAUAGAAAUAUGUAAACAUAUUUAUUUAAAUAAUAGAAUACUUCUCUU